AUGGACGCGGACACCUUCCCAGCAGGGCUGCGUGUGCUCGCCGUCGACGAUGACCGUGUCUGCCUCAAGAUCCUAGAAAGGCAGCUAAAGUAUUGCAACUACAACGCAACGGUGGUGACGGAUGCUAGGACGGCGUUGGACAUGCUCAGGGAGAGGAAGGAUGGGAACCAGUUCGACCUGGUGAUCAGUGACGUCGUCAUGCCUAACAUGGAUGGCUUUAAGCUCCUCGAGCUCAUCGGCCUAGAGAUGGAUCUCCCAGUCAUUAUGCUAUCCGCAAACAAUGAGACACAGACUAUAAUGAAAGGGAUAAAGCAUGGGGCCUGUGAUUAUAUAGUAAAGCCAGUGCGCCUCGAGCAGCUUAGGGGCAUAUGGACACAUGUGGUGAAGAAUGGUAAGACUGAUCCACGGAACACCAUCAGUAGUGGCAAUGAUGAUGAUGUUCAGAAGUUGCCAUCUGGGGAUGAGUUGCCAUCUGGGGAUGCUGAUAAAGAUGAGAAUAUUGCAGCAAACCGUAGAAAGAAGUAUUCAAAGAAAAACAAAAGAAUUGUGGAGGUUGCUGAUGAGGACAACGAGAACACAUCAGCCCAAAAGAAGCAAAGGGUCCGAUGGUGUGGUCAACUACACCGGAAGUUUGUAGAAGCUGUUAGUCAGAUUGGCAUCGACAGCGCUGUUCCAAAGAAGAUAUUAAAAAUUAUGAAUGUGGAAGGCCUUACAAGAGAGAAUGUCGCUAGUCAUCUGCAGAAGUACCGAAUCUACCUCAAAAAGCUCGGCGACGGCACACUUACGAAUUCUAAUUCGUUUGCUGAUGAAACUGAAGCACUAUGGAGAAACAUGAAUGUCCCAUCCUUCAUUGGCUCUCCGAGCUCAAGCAACCAUUUUGCAAAGAUGAAUUCCUCAUCUACAAUUGGAGCACAAACUUUGUUGCCCACACAGUCAAUUCAUGCCACGAGCUCACACAAAAACUUGGGCAUUCCUCGGUUAGACAUGGAAACAGUUGGCCACGGUGUCAACCUGCCCAAAGAUGUUAUGCCUAUGCCAGUGCAGGAUAUCAGCAGAUUCGUCUCUUCUGGCAAGUCCUAUGGACCUGUAUCGAGUGAUGGGCUGCCAGGUGUAAGCCAUUGCUUCCCUUCUGGUCCUUCUGGCAACUCCUUUGGAAAUGUUUCAAAUGAUGUGCCGUUGAAAGCAAGAAAACCUUUCUCUAUUGAUAUUUCUGGGAGUUCAUUUGCAAACAGCUCAAAAGACAGUCCACCAUUGACCUCAAACAUGUGCUUUUCUUUGUCUCGUUCUUGCAGCUCCUAUGCGAGCAUAUUGCGUGGCAAGAUUUUGGGAUCAAGCAGAGGUAUUCCUUUUGAAGACAUAGCAAAUGGUGAGAUGCUGGCUCCUGGGCAUUUACCAUUGCAGUCUCCUGAGUUGGUGAACCAGCAUUUGGUUCAGCCUCAAUCAUGUUCUGCUAGCUUAGUUAACAAGGUUGCUAGGGAAGUUCCCCAAUUUGCAGGACCUAGCAACUCCUGGAAAGUUGACGUGCCAUCAAGGUUUACUAAUCCCGGUCAUAAUGUUGGAACAUCUGAAGAUCCUUCACAGGGUAACAUUCUCAAGAUCAACCAGUUGUCAAGACAUGCACACUCCUCUGGACAGGUUCCAACUUUCGGAAAUGAGUAUCAAAAGAAAAUCACAGGAGACAUGGGGAAAGCUAUACCAGUGGUAGGUUUCAGAGAGCAAGUGGCACCAUUCAACUAUGGAAAUUUCAGCGAUGGAAAUGACACACACUCUACAUUGACGCCGAUUGGUAAUUCUGCUUUGGCUAGUUCUUCAAGCAUGAGACUUAACCAAAUAGACAAUUCAGCCAUGCUGACCCAGGUGUUGAAUGGCGGUGGUGCAAGUGACAGCCUCCAUGAAGGUAGCACUAUUAAUCAGCAAGCAGUUAAUGACCAAGUGAAUAACAUCAAUGAAUUCCUCAUGGGAACAAGUGAGGAACAGAAUGUGGAGACUGAUGACUUGGAUGAUUUCCUUGCUAACUUAGUUAAUCAGGAUUUCAUCGACAAUGGUGAUUCUUUCAUUGACGGGGACUGGGGAUUUGCCCCUUGA